UCUUCCUCCUCUUUUAUCAUCACAUUCACUCUCUCUCUCUCUGUUCUCACUCCCUUUUAUGACUGAUAUACAUAAUAUGAACCCUUUUCUGGUGAACAUGAUGAACUUUCUCCCUCAUUCUCUCUCUUUCUUUAUCUUCCUUUGAUUAAAAUUUGGUACAGAGUGGGAGGGGUGGGAGUGUAAUGAGUUGAUCCAAAAAUUUUGGUAAAAUUUUCUGCUCCUUUUUUUCAUCUUCCUUCAUCAUCAAUGAAAAGCCCCUCCUAAUUACUCAACGCUGAUUGUAAGCAAAUCAGCGCCUCACGCAACUCCCAAAGUAAAAACCUUCAACCUGAAUGAAGAUAAAAUGAAAAAAGGGGAAAAAGAGAGAGAGAGAAAAUAAAAGGAUGAUGAUGAAUAAAACAAAAUCUUUUCUUUUCAAUUUUCAAAUUGCAUCAGAAUCAUCAUCAUCAUUAUCCUCAUCAUCAACAUUUCCAUCAUCAUAAUUUUAUCAUCGACAACAAAAGUCUCCUACCUACUCUCAUCAUCCAAAUAGUAACUGAAUAAUUUUCACUCCCACUCUCAGAGGAAGAUAAAAUCAUCAUCACAACAACCACUUCUACCUUCACCUCCACCUUAACCCACUUUAUCAUCAUCAUCAUCAUCAGUUGAUACUCUCUCUCUUUAUCUGUGUUAUCUUCAUCUUCAUCUUCAUCUUCUGUCUAUGUCUUCGGUGGGAUAUUAACUCUCAUGGAAGAAAAAUUUUCACUUGAUUCAAUCUCCAAACAACAACAACUUGUCAACUGUUGUUUCCUUUUGUAUUUGAUUUAAUCAAUGAUCUCGUUGAUUGUUGACCUUUUUUAAACUUCAUCAUCAAUAAUCGUUAUCAUCAUCUUCAUCUUUAUCAUCCUCAAAGUGAGUGAGCCUCAUCAUCACCACAAACUUGGUAAACAAAACUUUCAAUUGUUUAUAAUCAAAUCUUUGGUUUUAUUAAUUAUCCUGAUGAUCAUUCAAAAUUAAUGCCAUCCUUUUAAUCACUAAUUGCCAUCAUUAUUUAUCAAAAUUCAUCAUCCUGCUUAUCAUCUUCAUCAUCCUCAUCAUCUUCCAGUGCCUGUGGUAUAAAAAUUAUCAUCAUCAUUUUCCCAUGAGUUUAAAGUAACAACAAUCAAAUGUUUAACCAUUUUCAAAGUAAUCAACACAAUCAUCAUUGAAUUUAAAAUAAUUGUUUACAAUUUGAUCAACAACAAUUGACCAUCAAACAUCAAACUACUGUCAUCAAAGGAUAAUUAAAUCAACAAUUAAAAAUUAAUCAACUGUCAACACAAUUUAUAAACACAAAUCAAUCCCUCGAUGAUUACAUAAUGAUUUAUGCAAAAGUUAAACAAUUAAAUUGGAGUUUAAAUUAAUCAGUGAAAGAAACGGAGAAAAAAAUUUCUCACUAAUUAAAUAAUCAAUUAAAGUGGAUCAUCAAAAAUUCAUCAUCAUCAUCAUCAUCAAUUGAUUGACAAUCAUCACCAUGGGUUCAACGAGUAAUAUUAAUAACGAUUCAUCAACUUAUUGUUAUCGCCGAAAUCAAUCUCAGGUAUUACAAUUAGUCAACAAUUUAGGUAAAUUGUUCACCGAUCGUAAUCUAUUUGAUUGUUCAAUCAUUUGUGAGGGUAAUCAAGUAAUUAGAGGACACAAAUUAAUGUUAUCCGCUUCAUCUGAUUAUUUUAAAACCGCUUUCAAUUCAUUUGGAGGUAAUUCUGAUGGUGACAACAAUUUAAUUUCUCACUCGUGUUCAAAUACUGCGAUAAUUAUAAGGGAAAUACCUUAUGAUGAUUUAAAGUUAAUCAUUGAUUAUAUUUAUUCUGGUGAGAUGAUUAUACCCUCAGGUCAAUUGUCUUCCAUUCAGAAAUCAUGCCAAUGGUUAAAAGUAAAUUGUUUACCAUUAAAGGAAACAUUGAUUCCAAUUAAAAGUGUAAACAAAGUUAAUUCAUCUUCUUGUAAUGCAAAUUGUGCUUCUUCCCGGAUUAAAUCAGAUGCAACAACAUCAACAAUUAAGGUUAAUUGUGGUCGUCUUUCAAUUAAUAAUGAUAAUAAUUCUAAAAGUUUGACCAAUGGUCAUCAUCAUCAUGGUAACGUUAAUGUGAUUAAUUCAUUGAAACGUGUUCCAAGUUUAUCGUUUCCAUUUCGUUCAUCUAAUAAUCAACAAUUGAUUAAGAUUGUUGAUCCAUCAACUGAUUGUGGGUUAAAAGGGUUUAAAGCAAGUUCAUCAUCAAUUACACCGACAUCUUCAUCUUCAUCAUCUUCAUCAUCUUCAUUGAACUUGAAAAUUAUUUCAUCACCAAAUGAGACUCGAAAAGUUAAUUUAAAUUCAUCUUCGACCGGUGAAUCGUUUGUCCAACUUCGUGAGCUUCUCAGACGAGAUCCGGAUCCUUAUUCAGACACUGGGAAUGAAAAAACCGGAAACAGAAAUGAUGAAAUGAUGAUAAGUAAUCAGGAAAAUGGUGAGAUUGAAAAUGAAUUUGACCAAAAUAGGGUUGAUCAAAUGAAGCAUGAUAAUGGUAAUGAUGAGGAUGAUAAUGAUCGUAUGGAUGAUAGAGAGGAGGGGAAAGAGAUGGAAAGUAAAAAGAUGAUGACAAUGGAAGAUGAUAAACAAGAGGAAUUGAUUUUUGAAGAGGGAGAGGAGGAGGUUGGAGGUGAAAGAGGAGUUAUUAUAGAGGAAGAUGCUGAUGAGGAUGAAGAGGAGGUAGAAGAAGAUGAAAAGUUUAUUAUGAUUGAAGGAAAUGAUAAUAAUAAUGGUCAAGGUCAAGAGGUGGACAACACUGACUAUUUAUCAUCCGAAGAGUUUGAAAUUGAUAUUCCAAGGUCAAAUGAGCAUCACCAUCAACCUUAUCAUCCUCAUCAAAAGAGGGAUAUGACUGAGGAAAAUAAAGUGAUGACCACAAAUGAGGUUGAAAUUGAAGAUGAGGAUGAAGAUGAAGAUGAAGAAGAGGAAAUUGAGGAAAGGGUGAUGAUGAGAGAUGAACAGGGAAUUGAAAGUGGAGGUGAACCGGAAGAUGAGGAAGAUGAGGUAAUCGAUAUGAGGGUAAAUAGUGGACGUCGAUUUGCAUCAUUCUCACUUGGGUCAUCAUCACCUUACCUUCCUGGUCAUCAUCAUUCAUUAGCCGCUUUUCAAGGGCAAAAUUUGGAAGCUGCUGCAGCCGCUGUUGCAGCGGUGGCCGCAGUAGCAGCUUCUUCCGGGUCAACUUCUGGUACUUCAAAUAUAAUGGAUGAAUGUCCAUCCGGUGAUUCACUUGACCUUGACUGUGGUGAUAAAUUAAGAGCCACUAAUUACUCAAUGAUACCUUUUACCGCAUCAAUAGCAUCUUCAUUUAGCUCAGCCACUGCUCGAGCCAUAGCUGCAUCAACAACCUUAGCCGUUGCUUCAGGUUUACUUUCAAAAUCUCAACAAUUACAAAAUCAUUCAUCUUCAUCUUCACCCUCUUCAUCAACCACAACCACAACCACUACAACACCAGGCAUCAAUGGUACUCACCAGAAUAACCUAACCAACGGAUCAUCACAUCAACUUCAUCCUCAUCAUCUGAAUCAUCAUCAUCAACAACAACACCAACAUCAUUCCCAUGAAAUACUUUAUAAAAAAACUUCGUCCAACUCUGAUUCCCAUUCCGAUAUAUCAACAAUACCACUGAAAAGAGGUCGAGGUCGUCCACCACGUCACCUUCGUGACACCCCAAUAAACGGUUCAUCAUCUUCAUCACUCACCAACAAUUCAAACUCUUUAGAACCAUUUCGAACUUACAAAGUUCGAAAUAUUUUGCCUUCGGCAACCACAAGUGACCUGAUCCUCCAGCAUUCAGCAAAUAACAAUAACAACAACAACAAUAAAGUAAACAAUCAACUUAACGGUGAAACAAAUAAUCAUCAUCAUCUCAUAUUAUCAACAUCAUCCAAUCUUGGAUUAACUUUGAAACGGAAAAUCCGAUUAAACAACAACGGACUAAUAGGGCUGGUCACCGGUGGAGGGUCAACUAAAGGUCGCAAGCCGAAAAUGUCACAAUCAAAUGAUUGUUCAAAUAAUAACGGUAAAAACGUUUGCCCCUACUGUCCACAAGUCUAUUAUUCAAAUCAGGCCAUGAAUGACCACAUCAACAACGUUCACACCGGAAACUCACGGAAGUAUACAUGUGACCUUUGCUCCAAGGAGUUCAGUUGGAAGAUCAGUUUGACCAAACACUUACGAAAUUCCCAUAAACCCGAUAAAUUAACUGAACAAUUAACCACCAACAAUUUAAUCGAUUCCAGGCAACAACAAUUAACUUUAACAAACAUGUAAACAAAACUCCUUGUAAACAAUUAAUGUAAUUACUCAUAUAAACAAUAGAUGAUUAAAAAAUCAUAAAGAUAAUUUAUCAAUAACAAUUAACAAUCCAAAGUUAAUUACAAAUGAA